UAUCAGUAAAGAAAAAAAGGUCCACCUGAAUCUGUGUAAUCAAAACAUGGUAUGGAAACGUUAUUUAUAAUUAUAAAACAAGAAUAAUGUGUGUAGGUUGCUAGAUAGGAAGCAUCCUGUUUGAUAGGAAACAUCAAGGCAGAUAGAUAACACUUAACAAAAUUCAGUUUCCUUCAAACCAGCGUACCAUCAGUGGUUUUAAGUUCUACUUUUCUUCAAUCUUUAAAUUUUAAGGAAACUAUGGCGGUUAUUCUAAUUCUUUUUCUUACUCUGUUGAAUGAGUGCUUUGGACAAAUAAUCGAUAUUGGCAAUGUUUGGGAAGUAAAAUGUCCACCAGGAUGUUCUUGCGAGGUUCAAAAAUUUGCUGAUUUAUCUUUACACCGAUGGAUCAGAGCAACUCAAGAUCAGAACUUAACCAGUGAUGACAGUUUUGAGUUUGGUUUAAAUCCUGACCAUUCUCUCUUUUCUGAAUUCCUGAAAGUAGCAAUCUGUGUCGUCGCUGAAGACCAUGAAGAACUUUUAGAAAAACUUCCAUCAGAUAUACAGGUGUUUACAAUACUUCAGUCUGGUAUGGGAGACUUUGAGAUACUUUUACAGUCUACAACGUUUCAACGAUUCACAGAUUUAAUAUCAUUAGAUAUACAAGGCAUAGAUUACAAUGAAGCAACAGGAAAGAAUUUAAAUAUUGAACAGAAGAAACAAGAAGGAGGAAUUAUGUUGUCUGUAGAUUCUUUGUAUCCAUUAGGUUUAAAUCUUCUUUACUUGAAUCUAGAACGAGUGAAACUGACCAGCUUGAGUCCAACGAAAAGAAAUAAAGCCAAUCUCGUAAUUAAACCAAUGAGUACAGUUACCAAAGAUGAAAAUCGAAAUAAGGAACUACUGAAUAAUACUAGUCAAAGUACAGGACACAGAUUAAUAUUGUUAAGUCAACAAAAUAAUGGAGAAAGUGACGACAAAGAAAUACUUCCUUACGACGUUUAUAAACAAGAAAUGGAAGGUUACAGAGAAACUAUGGGACUUUUCACUGGUUUAGGAGCUUUAACUCAUUUAAGAGUUUAUGAUUGUGACUUGAAAGAUAUAUCAUGGCAUAUGUUUGACGGUUUGGAUAGUCUCGUUCAGCUUUCAUUAGAAAGGAACAACUUGAAAUUUAUUCCAGAAUUUUGUUUCUAUGGUACACCUAAUUUAAAAGUACUUUCACUCGCAAGAAAUCAAUUGUUAACCCUUAAAAGCAUUGACUUAGCUGGUUUGCUGAUGCUCGAGGAUCUUGAUCUAAGAGGGAAUAAUCUAACAUUUUUAUCAGAAUUAUCUUUUCCACCUUUUCCGAUGUUGAAAGUUGCAGAUUUUCGGGAAAAUCCUUUGGAUUCUAUAUUUCCAAGUACUUUCGAAAUUAUGAAUACAACGCUAAAACUCUAUCUCGGAGGUGAAGAUUCAAAGCUAUAUUUACAAAAGAAUUCCUUUCUUGGACUAUAUCAACUUCAAAUCUUACACCUAAAUAAUUUAGAAAUACCAGUUCUGGAACGCUUUGUAUUUCAAGGGAUGCCAGAGUUAUUUGAAUUAAAAGCACGUGGAAAUAUUUCAAGCAUUGAAUUCGACGCGUUUGUAGAUUUAAUCAAACUAGUAUAUCUCGAUCUGAGUCAUUGUUAUAUUCGUAAAAUAUCCAUGGAUGCCUUUUAUGGAUUAGAAAAUGUUAAACGUAUAGAUUUAUCUAACAACGAGCUAGAGUCUAUUCCACCUGGUUUGUUUGGGGUACAACAGCAGAAGCAGCUUAAAGAAAUUAUCCUAUCGAAAAAUAAACUGACUUCGCUACCCCUGGAAUUUUUCAAAAUGUUACGCGGGCCAUACGAACAACCACAAUUAGCAACUAUCAGACUAGAUGGCAAUCCAUGGGACUGUACUUGUUCCAUGACUACAUGGAACCCUCAAUUGAUCAGUAGAUUACGAGAAACUGCACCAAGAUGCUCAACACCAAAAAGGUUGCAAAAUUGGGGAGUUUUUCACGCGUUACGCAAAGGUGGUUUGCAAUGCAGAAGAUUAAAUAGAAGACAUUUAAAAAAAUCCUCAAUAAGAAAAACUAAUUAUGAAGAUAAUAUUAUCAGUUAGUAAAUAUACAUUUUUUCAAUUACGAUUAAUUAAUAUAUGUGUAUAAAAGAAGAAACAAAAUUAAACAAUUCAACUUCCAAUUUCUACAAAGUGAGGAUUCGGCGACAGAAGAAUGUAAUUUU